GGUACAGUACUAGUGGUACUGGUGAAUGGUAAUAGCUAGCUCUAGCCAAGAGCUAGGUUGUGUGUGAUGAUGCACAAAUCAUGCUUCGGGAACAGCAUUUGUUUAACUUGUUGAAGAGGGGAAUGCUCGUACUGGGUGUUAAAGAAGAUGAAUGAAGAUAUGUAGGACAAUACAUGAAUUGCCAAGCAGAGCACCAACCAUGGAAGACUCGUCACUGUUAGGUGUCCUGUAAAUUGUGAAAGAUUUUUUGGAACGUGCAGAUAUUUUAACGAGGUAAUACGUUCGCAAGGAAAUUGGAAGAAAAACAUUGCAACAGAAACGCCUGUCCAACAGCUGACCGCUCCUUGCUAGGUUUGUGUGCGUGAAGUGCCUAUGGCGGAGUUCGGAGAGAACAGCGGCUCGUCUCCAUCAAAUUCUGGGGAUACGACGACAGUGCCCAGUGAUGAGACAGCUGGGAAGACGCAGUGCGAAGGAUCGGUGUUGAACGGGGACUGUGGGAUAACGCCAGACAUGGUUGUCUCUGGAUUCAUCUUCCUCCCUGACAGCCAGGGACAGGAAACGGCUAACAAUACUUCAUUGGCAUUGGAUGCCAAAUCUGGAAUACCUCGCAGGAGCAGCAUUAUAAAGGAUGGCUCAAGACAGCGCAAAGAGAGGAAGAAGACUGUGUCGUUCAGUAGCAUGCCAACGGAAAAGAAGAUCAGUAGUGCAAGUGACUGCAUCAAUGCCAUGGUGGACGGAUCUGAACUGAAGAAGGUUCGCUCAAACUCCCGUGUUUAUCAUCGAUACUUCCUCUUGGACGCAGACAUGCAGUCUCUCAGGUGGGAGCCUUCCAAAAAGGAGUCAGACAAAGCCAAAAUUGAUGUUAAGUCCAUUAAGGAGGUGCGGACAGGGAAGAACACAGACACUUUUAGAACCAAUGGAAUUAAUGAUCAAAUAUCGGAAGACUGUGCUUUCUCAAUCAUCUACGGGGAGAACUAUGAAUCUUUGGACUUGGUGGCAAAUUCAGCUGAUAUAGCUAACAUAUGGGUGACUGGGCUUAGAUACUUGAAAUCGUAUGGAAAACUUACUCUGAAUAUGAUUGAAAGCAGCCAGAAUAACAUGCGCUCAUCAUGGAUAGGUGAACUCUUUGAUGAGGCUGUGAUCAACAAUACCAAGCACAUCAGUUUGUGUGAUGCUGUACAACUAAUCAAAAACCUUAACCCUGGACUUAAAAAUGUUAAGAUAGAACUCAAAUUCAAGGAGCUCCACAAAGCGAAAGAUAAGAUGGGUUGUGACGUGAGUAAAGAAGAAUUCAUUGAAGUCUUUCAUGACCUUUGUACAAGACCAGAAAUUUACUUCCUUCUUGUCCAGUUCUCAAGCAAUAAGGAAUUUCUGGACACCAAGGACUUAAUGAUGUUUCUGGAGGCUGAGCAGGGUAUGGCACAGGUUAGUGAAGACACAAGUCUGGAAGUCAUUCAAAACUAUGAACCUUCUAAAGAAGGUCAGAUGAAGGGCUGGCUUUCACUUGAUGGGUUAACAAAUUACCUAAUGUCUCAGGAGUGCCAUAUCUUUGACCCAGAACAAAAAACUGUCUGCCAGGACAUGAACCAGCCUCUAUCCCACUAUUACAUCAAUGCCUCCCACAACACGUACCUAAUUGAAGAUCAGUUUCGAGGCCCUUCUGACAUCACCGGGUACAUCAGAGCACUCAAGAUGGGCUGUCGUAGUGUCGAUCUAGAUGUAUGGGAUGGACCAGACAAUGAACCUGUCAUUUACACUGGCCAUACAAUGACCUCGCAAAUAGUCUUCCGCAGUGUCAUUGACAUCAUUAACAAAUAUGCCUUUGUGGCAUCUGACUUCCCCCUAAUAUUAUGUCUGGAAAACCAUUGUUCAUUAAAGCAGCAAAAGGUCAUGUUUCAGCAUCUGAAAAAGAUACUUGGGGAUAGGAUACACUUGAAUCCCCCCAAACCAGAGGAUAGCUACCUUCCCUCACCCAGUGACUUGAAGGGUAAAAUCUUGUUAAAGGGGAAGAGGCUCGGCGCAAACUGCACAAGCUCAGAAGGUGAGGUAACAGAUGAGGAUGAAGGUGCUGAGAUGUCCCAAAGAAUGAACAUAGAGCCUGGAGAACUACAGAGUGUUGCGCCUAAGAAGUUCCAACUCUCAAAGGACCUCUCUGACCUCGUAACCUUGUGUAAAUCAACUGAGUUCAAAGACUUUCCAACGUCCUUUCACAGCCAGAAGCACUGGGAGCUUUGCUCUUUUAAUGAAGUCUUUGCCAGUCGAUGUGCCAGCGACUUCCCUGGAGACUUUGUAAACUACAACAAGAAGUUUUUGGCACGAGUGUACCCCAGCCCAAUGCGAAUUGACUCCAGUAAUAUGAACCCUCAGGACUUCUGGAAGUGUGGUUGCCAAAUUGUGGCAAUGAACUACCAGACACCAGGUCUGAUGAUGGACUUAAAUAUUGGCUGGUUCCGUCAGAAUGGGAAUUGUGGUUAUGUUCUGAGGCCAGCCAUCAUGAGGGAACAGGUGUCUUACUUUAGUGCCAACACUAAAGAUUCAGUGCCUGGUGUCUCUCCACAGUUAUUGCACAUUAAGAUUAUUAGUGGACAAAACUUUCCCAAACCCAAAGGCUCAGGCGCUAAAGGGGACGUUGUCGAUCCUUACAUUUACGUGGAGAUCCAUGGUAUACCGGCCGAUUGUGCUGAGCAAAGAACUAAAACAGUCAAUCAGAAUGGGGAAAACCCACUCUUUGAUGAAAGUUUUGAGUUCCAGAUUAACCUCCCUGAGCUGGCCAUGGUGCGCUUUGUGGUUCUGGAUGAUGACUACAUUGGCGAUGAGUUCAUUGGCCAAUACACAAUUCCCUUUGAGUGUCUACAGCCAGGAUUCCGGCAUAUUCCACUUCAAUCCCUCACAGGUGAGGUUUUGCCUCAUGCCUGGCUUUUUGUCCAUGUGGCCAUCACGAACAGAAGGGGAGGGGGUAAGCCUCACAAGAGAGGGCUGUCUGUGCGCAAGGGCAAGCAGAGUCGGGAAUACGCCACCAUGAGGGUCUUGACGAUCAAGCCUGUUGAUGAUGUAUUCAAGACAGCUACUCUGCCACUCAAAGAGGCAACUGACCUCAGAGAAAACAUGCAGAAUGCCAUAGUGCCCUUCAAAGAGCUGUGUGGCCUUUCAGCUGUGGCUAACUUGAAGCAGUGCAUCUUGGCCCUAACUUCUCGACUGACUGGGGCAGACAACAACCGAUUACUAGUAUUCAACCUGAAGGAGCAGUACCCCAUCUUAGAGCCCCAAGGACUGCUACCCGAUGUCCUCAAGAAGGUGGUCAACGUCUAUGACACUGUGAUCCAGACCAGUAAGACACUGCUGGAACAUUCAGAUGGGGUCUAUGAGAGAAUACUGCAAACCCAAAAAGCAGCGAUGGAAUUUCAUGAGAACCUUCACGACUUGGCCGUAAAGGAGGGCUUGAAGGGCCGGAAGCUGCACAAGGCUGUGGAGAGCUUCACCUGGAACAUCACAAUUCUCAAGGGCCAAGCAGACCUGCUAAAGCAUGCCAGAGGCGAGGUCCAGGAAAACCUCAAGCAGAUCCACUAUGCCGCACUCACCAGUGAACUGUGCAAGGAUAACUCGGCGCAGGUGGCCUCGGUAGGCUCGGAGUCCACCCGCGGCCGCCGGAGCCUGGAGGCCAUCCCUGAGAAGGACACUGGACUGCAGGAACUCUCUGAUGAAGACGUCUAAUGACUCCCUUUCACUCCUGAUGCACCCCUGCAUCAGUGGUUUACACAUGUUCCCCAUGUCUGUCCAGGCCAAAUAGGAUUCUACCGAGCCUUAACCCAGUUUUACACGGAUCAUACACCCAUUAUAUCCUUUCCUAAUCUAGUAGCACAAACAUCUUUUUUAUGUAGUUCUCAAUCUCUCUAACCUAAGCACAAAUAAAAGUGUUUUCCAAAUCCAAGUUAAGUGCCAAAAUCAAACUUAGUGUUCUGAAGCUGCGCAAAGUCUCAUAAAACCCCUUGUCUUGGUUGUUUCCCCAAACUGUGCAACCAUUUACACACUCUUUACCAAUCCUGAUGGUAACCAGUCUGACCAUUUAGUACUUUCUAGGUAAACUGGGGAGCAUGUGUACUUGCAGCCAGGGGACAGUCUCAGUUGUGACAAACUUUGGAGAGACAGUGGACUUAUAUACUGUGGACCUAGGUCAGCUCUUAGAGUAGAAGCACUGAUUGGUCCAAGGAUUUAUAAAGCACAAAAUAAGGGUUUCUGAUCUUUCAGAAACUGGAGCUGUGAAUGUGAACAUGGGAACAGGAAUUGAGAGGAAACCGAAGAGAGAGCUGUUUACAAUAACAAACUUGUUCUUGUCUGCCAAAGUAUGUAUGUGUGCAUAUGGAUUUUGGUUACUUUGUUUUGCGAUGUGCAUCCUUCAUGACUUGCAUAUACAAUAUUUUGUAUACAAAUGUAAAAGGUUGUCCAUGAAAAUAUACAAUUGCAUUUGUCUAUAACAGAUUUGAUUUGAUUGGGGUGGUAGCUCAAUCACCAGUUUGAGAGUUUCUAUGUGGACACGUUCAGAGCAGUAAGAUAAUUUAAGCCUCGGGUUUAUGGUCCAAGGUUGGCAAUCUGGUUCUCAUAAAUAUAACCUAAAUCUGAAAGGAAAAAUAACCAUAAACAUUGUGAUUAUGAUGUCAGGAAUUUUGACUGUGGCAGCCAUGGUGGCCAAUGUAUGAUGAUGAAACAUAAUUGUGCCUCAAGCACAACUCUAUUAACAGAAGGAGGGGAAGAGAGAAAGAAAGAACUGCCUGAAGAUCUGUCGCACCUUUCUCCACAUGUUGCUUAUAGUUCAGUUAUAUUUUAUUUGACUGUCCUCUGUAUGUGAUUUGCAUUUAGAAAAUAGUAAAGUCACAAUGUACUGAAAUUACAUUAUUUCCUGUGGUUUAAUUUCCUCAGAAUCACUAACUGUUACCAAAACAUUUGAAAUACACAUUGCUUUGCAAAAGUGUUCACCCAAUUUCUUUUAUUUUUACCGACUUCAAUCAUCAACCUACUAAAAAAUAGGCAAUUUUCUAUUUUAUUAGAUACUGUAUAGACAUGGUUAAAAAGUAGUUAAAAGUUGUAUUAAUCUAUCUUAUUAAUAACAAAUAUAAUACACAAACAUACCGUAUGUUUUUGGAGAUUGGUAGGAGAAUGAUUACUGAGGCAAUAAGGUUCAAAAGGUAAAUUGUUUAAAAGAGGGUGAAUACUUUUGCAGGGCACUAUAAAUAGUAGCUGACACAGGACUGUGAAGUUACACCAAAUACAUGCUGCUUGUUUUCUCCACAGAGCUGAGACAAUGUUUCACCCUGGUAAACUACUGUACCACCACCACCUCUGAAUCUCCCAUUUCACCACCAGUGUUUUAACUGGACACUUGCUGGGACUUCCAUUGUUGAUGAACGUCAGUGCUGUGACAGUUGUUGUAUUUAGAACUGUUGUUAAACCAUUUUUACCCAGGGAAGAAAAAGGUUCCUUUUUGCCUAUCUGUCAAAUCCUCAAAGCCCUCUGAAUAAACUACAUAAGAUA